AUGGACAAUAACGAAGAGCAUGAGUCAACGAUUGGUCAACAUCGACCGACAAAGAAGACAAAACCCAAGGAAGUGGCCAUCUUUGGCAACUACCGAAACUACUAUGGCUAUCGUAUUAGUCAGGAGUUGGAGGAGGAUCCAAGGUUGAAGGCAUUGAAGAAGGAGUGGUUCGAAGGCAAGGAUUGUCUUGACAUUGGCUGCAACAGUGGGUUGAUUACUAUUGCAGUUGCAAAAAAAUUUGGUUGCCGGAGCAUCCUUGGAGUCGACAUUGAUUCAACUCGAAUUGAGGAUGCAUAUUGGAACCUUAGGAAUAUUGUGAGGACAAGUAUGCGUNUUACGCCACACUCAGCUUCGAAUCACAACAAUGGAAAUGUUGUCCUUGAGACAUCAAUGGUGCAUUCAUCCGAGGGCUCUACGAUAUCUGAUGAAGAAUGUCACAUGGAGUCCGAUGCUGAAUCAUCAUGUAGUCCUCAACCUGUUGCUGGCAAUAGUUUACCGGAGAGUGAUGCGCAGUGA